AUGGUACACGAUGGUGAUAAGGGCUACAGCCUGGAGGCUGUCCAGCUGUGGGAAUUGGGCGUUUCAAAAGAGAAAGAUGGUUUGAUGAUGGAUGCAGUAGAAUGCUACAGAAGAGCUCUUAAGAUGGAUGAAAGUGUAGAGAAAGAGUACCGCAAGAUUGUCGCGAGCUCCAUCACAAGCAAAGAGGUUGGAUCUGUAAAACCAGCUCUCAAGGGGAGCACAGCUAAUCACAAGUAUGGAAUCAAAGAAGAUGGUCACCUUCACGAUGGAGCCGGUGAGAAUGAUGUCGAAGCAGAGCCAUUGCCGUGCUGGUUGCUUGAGAAACUGCCGGAUGACAUUCUCCAACAGAUUGUUCACCAGAUCGUUGCGACAUCUGGCGAGAGUUGGCUUAAUCUUUCCCUGACUUGCAAGAAAUUCCAAGAGCUGUGCUUCAAGAAGCCCGAUUCAUACCGCACUUUCGCACAGCACAUAUAUCCACGCCAGCAAUAUGAUGAUGCUUCCAUGACCCUCAACGGGCUCAGUAGCAUACUCGCUCUAGAGCAGGCACUCUGGGGCACAGACUACAGACGUAUGUUGUCCGAGAGAGCCUACAUUAAAUUUCAAGGCUGCUACAUCAGUGUGGUAAACUACCUGCGCCACGGUGCUAACCCAACGGGGUCUUCGUCGUUGAUCAGUCCCGUGCACAUGAUUACUUACUACCGCUACUUGCGAUUCUUUUCAAAUGGUACAUGUUUGCGGCUUGUGACCACUGACGAGCCAUCCUCGGUGGCACGGCAUUUCCAUCCUAAUCACCACCUGAAAGGUGCAGAGCUUUGCCAUUGGUCGUGCUCGAUUGACGACGAUUUUUCUAUCCUAACUGUCAAGCGUCACAACGAGAAAUACCAUUUUGUUGAGACUUUGCGAAUCCAAUCUCACGGGCGCCGAAGAUUCCAUAGGUUACAGUGGGUCAAGUCCGAGGCAUAUCAAGACUCUGGGGACCGUAUUGACUUUUCUAUGCACAGCGAAAAACCUUUUUUGUUUUCCAGGGUCAAUUAUCAGCGAACUGAUCCCCCAAAUGUCUCAAAAGAAGGCGGAAUCCAUCCACAAAAUAACUCCCAACCUAACAAUUCCUUGUGA